GGGACACGCCGUCGCCGCCGCCGCCGCCGCGAGGGCCGACCGGACGUAGACCCACCACACACGUGUCACGGAGUACCGGCGCGACGCGAACAGUCUCGUUUGGCGAUGCGGCGGCGUUUUGUUAUCUGUUCGUUAUCGUCAUUGCACCGCGACCGCAUUAAAAUUUAAAAUCCUGUCCGCACCACGGAGACUGUAAACACCGUUGUAGUGUUACAAGAAGAUAGAAAUCCAUUUCGCGGCAGAAAAUGAACACAUCAGCAUCAGAAAAUGUCAAAAUCACUGACUCAACUCCCGAAGAAACAGGAGAUAGAGUCAGGCUCAAAAAACAACUGGGUCUUCUCGAAGGCGUUGCCAUCAUUUUGGGCAUAAUAUUUGGAUCUGGUAUAUUCAUCUCACCGUCGGGCGUAAUGAACGAAGCUGGAUCGGUCGGCCUCAGCUUAACCAUGUGGUUCAUGUGCGGCAUGUUGUCCAUGAUCGGCGCACUGUGUUACGCCGAAUUGGGAACGUCUAUACCGCGGUCGGGCGGCGACUACACGUACCUGUUUGAAGGAUUCGGACCGCUGCCGGCGUUCCUCUACCUAUGGGAUGCCAUGCUCGUGUUUGUGCCCACCACCAACGCCAUCAUGGGAUUGACGUUCGCCAACUACGUGAUCAAACCUUUCUUCCCAGACUGCGACAACCCGGACCAGGCGGUCAGACUCCUGGCGGCCGCCGUGAUUUGUUUCAUAACUUUCAUCAACUGUUGGAACGUCAAAGCCACCACUAAAGUUCAAAACGUGUUCAUGUUCACCAAGAUAUCGGCUCUGGUGUUGAUCAUCGUAUGCGGCGGCGUUUUCCUGUGCAGGAAUGGAUUUUCCAAAUUCAUGAACCCUUGGCAAGGAUCGGUCACAGACCCCGGCAGAUUGGCCGUCUCCGUUUAUUCCGGGAUAUACUCGUAUUCAGGAUGGAACUAUUUGAAUUUCAUGACCGAAGAACUGAGGAACCCUUACGUGAACCUGCCAAGAGCCAUUUACAUUUCCAUGCCAUUGGUGACCAUUAUUUACGUGUUGGCCAACGUUGCUUACUUGGCCGUUCUGACGCCGCAUGACAUGGUGACGACUAAAGCAAUUGCAGUUACAUUUGGUCAUUUAGCAAUGGGUUCGUUCGAAUGGAUCAUGCCAUUGAUGGUUGCCCUAUCGGCAUUUGGCGGUCUGUGUGUUCACAUCAUGACUUCAUCCAGAAUGUGCUUUGUCGGUGCGCGGUACGGUCACUUCCCAUCAUUUUUGUCACACAUCAAUGUGGAAAGGUACACACCCACUCCAUCUCUAGUGUUUUUGAACAUCUUAUCUUUACUCAUGCUCUUUACAAGUGAUGUUGAUAUGCUUAUAACAUAUUCAAGUAUUGUAGAAGCGUUCUUCACGAUGCUAUCAGUAUCAUCAGUAUUGUGGAGCCGAUGGAAGCGUCCAAACAUCAACAGGCCAAUUAAGGUUUCCCUUUGGAUCCCAAUCACGUAUGUAAUAGUGUCAUUAUUCUUAAUUGUCUUGCCAUGUUAUGUAAGACCUUUUGAAGUUGGCAUGGGAGUUGGUAUCACCUUGUUAGGCAUUCCAGUAUACUAUCUAUGUGUAGUUUGGAAAACUAAGCCUGUGUGGUUCCAAAACACAUUAAAGCAUGUGACAUUCACCAUCCAAAAGUUGUUUGUUAGUGCCAAAGAAGAAAAAGAAGAAGACAUUUGGGAAUAAUGAUAUGGGUUUCUUUAUUUUAUGAUCUACUUGUCAAUUAUUGAUUUUUAACGGUUUUAAGUGUUCACCUAAAACAUUUUCUCUGAAAACAUUUAAAUUUUCCAGACUUAAUUUACUUUCAUGUUUUUAUUUUAGUUUUAAAGACAUGAUUUUUUUAUUAUGCUACUUACUAUACUCUGUCCAAGGAGAAAAUACUCCGCGGCUCGAUAAAAAUCGGUUCUUUUAAGAAACCCAUCGCAACACCCUACCAUUGUAAAACUGAUCUGGAUGGCAAGAUGUCACCACAUGGGGAUACACAGAAUUGGCAUAUACUCUUGCUGGACAGAGUAUAUAUAAAAAUUUACAGUUUUACUUUUCAUUUUUUUUUAAUUUUUAUUGUCAAUCAGUAUUACAAAAUGUAUAAAUGUUUAUAUUAAAUAUUAUUUACAUUAAAAGAAAAAUUAUGUACUUUAUUUUGUAUUCAUUUGAGGAAACCAUAUUGUUGCUUACAAACAUUACUGGACAUGUCUUGAGUAAGAGUUUCAUUGAGUGCUUUGUUCAAAAGAAUGCCAAUGUGUGAACCAGACUAAAAAUAAUUGGAAUGUAAUAUAUAUAUACAUGUAUUGGUAGUUUUGGUUUUAUAAGUUUAAAUAAACUAAUGCUAUUACCAUAA